UCCUGUUUCUGGCGUGGUCACUUAGUCUCACACCUUAGCACAAAAUGGCGGAAUCUAAAAACAAUGCAAGGCAGCCUUCACCGGAAAAGGAUUCAUCUUUACCCGGCGAUCUGGUGACGAACGGAAAGAAUUCUAAAUGGGUUGAAUGCAAGUUAUGCCAUUCUAAAGUGUUGAGACCGCAAACUGCAGAAUAUAUAAAAGAAGAGAUUUUCCUUCCAAGCAUGCAGCAGAAAACAAAGAUAAAUAUGGAUAGUCCAGAAGGAGACACACUGCACCAUUACUGGCUUGUCCAUGACAUGUUUGCAUUUGAAAAUGUUGGCUUCUCCAAGACUGUGAAUAACGUUAAGUACUUAACAUGUGCAGACUGUGAAGUUGGGCCGAUUGGCUGGCAACUCGCUAAUGACUCCACAAGGUUUUUAGUUGCACUUGAGAGAGUGAAACAUAGCUAGUGAAAAUCUAAAGUUGUCCUGGGAAGUUGUCUAGUCAAUGGAGCUUAAAACAGAGAAUCAACAUUAAAAAGCCUCCCACAACCAUGCUACAGUAGUUGUGCCUAGUCUACAUAAUGUUUUAUAUUGAUAGAGGGAAUGGAAGGAGGGGGAGUUAUGUUGCUAGUCAAUGUACUCUAUAGAAGGGUAGGGGCUCAAUUGAAUCACUUGUGAAAAUAUUAUCUGUGAGAUUUAGUACAUGGUUCCUGCAAGUCCUUAAGAAGUCACAUUUUAAAGGCCCUAAACAAGUUCUUAAAUUUUGGGAAAAAAUUCGAUAAUGGUCUUGAAAAAUCCUAUUUUUCUCAAAUUCCAAGAGUUUAGAAAUUCCAGCAAAGCCUUUGCUUUGAAGGAUUUGUCUUGCUGUUGCUGAACAAGUUCACACUAGUAUUAGAUUUUGAAAUUGUGGGUUUAAAAAGUCUUUAAAAGGUUUUAAAUUUAUUGGCCGUUUAGCUGCAGGAACCAUGUAUGCUUCAUAUACCCAAUACCUGGUCAGGUCUACCCUUGGAUCCAGAGACUUAUCGCUGAUAGGCUGCAAAUGAUAUUCCACUUCCAGCAGUGCAGCAAUUACUGGCAAACGGAGUAGCUCACCAUUUGGUACCCCCCUUCCUCUCUUUAUGUAUCAUAAUCGAAUUGUUCUUUAUAUUUCUGAUAAAUCUGAUGUUCGCUGAUGGGGACAGUAUGUCCCCAGAAUGAGCAAUGGACAGGAGAAACUAUAAAUAAAUCUGUAUUAUAAUACAUUGUUGCUAUAAAAAUAGUAUAAUAUUACAUUGAA